UAGCUAACGUGAAGUUCUAUGGUGGCUUGAGUGACAAGAUUACCUAGCUAAAUGUCUGUUUGUCGUGCUCGUUUGUGAAUCAAAGUAUUGCCGAUUCCAUCCAGUCGAUGGUUCGGACAAGUUCUGUGGAACUUGCUGAAGUUCUGGAUCGUGGUUGUUGUUUCCGGAAGUUCAUGAAUAUGAAGUAUACUGCUGUUACCUUUGCUUUGUUUGCAUUGAGUUGGGGCUCUGUAGAAAGCAACCACAAGGCCUUUCAUGAAGACCAUUUCUUGGGUGAACAGCACAAUCCAGAGCAUGAUAUCAAUGUACUUCUUGGAAAUCAGGGGGAAGAUGACAUUAAGAAGCUCAGUCCAGACGAACUGAAGAGGAGGAUGGUGGAAAUUGUGAAGAAGAUUGAUACAGACACAGACACAUUUUUGACAGCAGAGGAGAUCACGCUCUGGAUACAGCGGGUUUACAGGCAGUAUGCACUGGAAGAUGCGGAGGAAAGGUUCCCCGAAUUUGACACCAAUAAAGAUGAUGUAGUGUCAUGGGACGAGUAUAACCUGGUUGUGCACGGGCACGUCAUUGACUUGGACAACAAUAUGAUUCUUGAGGACCCAGAGGAAGAAUCUGUUCGAUUUCUGCAUUUGAAGGAAAAGAAGCGCUUUGAUUUUGCUGAUGGAGACGGUAUCCCUGGCCUGAAUCUAAGGGAAUUUUUGGCAUUUACACAUCCAUCUGAAGUGGAUGAAAUGGCUGAUUUCACCAUUGAAGAUGUUUUGAACGAAUUUGACAAGGAUAACGAUGGCUUGAUCAGCAUCAAGGAAUUUCUGGGAGACAUUCGGUCCAAUGCUGAAGACCAACCAUCACAGUGGGAGAUUGAGGAAACCAUUAGAUUCCAGCAAUUGUAUGACCAGGACAAAGACGGUCAACUGAACCGAGAUGAGCAGCUCCGCUGGGUGGCUCCAAACAGUUACAGUUCUGCAAGAGAGGAGGCAAUCCACUUGAUCAAGGAAAUGGACCAAGAUGGCGAUGGGAGGCUGUCGGAGGCUGAGAUAUUGAAAAAUAUGCAGCUUUUCAUGAGUAGUGAAGUAACUGACUAUGGACGGCAGCUCCAAACCACACAUGAUGAAUUGUAGUUGUGAAUAACUUUUUAACCAAUCAAUAUAAACGAUUUUUAUCACUA